GUCAUUCAGAUUGCAAUCUCAACGUCCUUUAAAGAAACUGAUGGUAGACGACCAGGGAUGCAAUAUGUUGAAGCCAGGGAUUGGAAACAUAGCCUACGUGAAAGAUAUACAGACAGAAAAAAUUGUAACUACAGGAUAUCGUUGCUCUAUCUUUGGAGGAUUUCAACAUAAAUUAACAGGAUUUGGUUGG